UUGUACGAGUUGAUCUACCAGAAGGGGAUCCUUCUUGGCACAAUGGAAGGACCACCAGGGCUAUCCCAAGCGAUCCCGGUUUCUGGAGAUGCGUACUGCAACAGCUCCACUACGCACGUGGAUGCUGCCGGCAGCAGCUCACCGGCCGUCGCGAAGCUCCGGAAGCUGCUGUUCCGCCGGAUGCUCAUCGGCGUCAACGACGGCCGCUACUUCCAUGGCCUGUUCCACUGCAUCGACAAGCAGGGCAACAUCAUCCUCCAGGACGCCGUCGAGUACCGCAGCGCCCGGCAUUGCUUGCCUCCGACGGAGCAUAGGUGCCUGGGGCUCAUCCUGAUCCCGGCCGCCUGCCGGUCGUCUUGCCAGGUUGAUUGCUCCGUUGAAGAGAAGAUGUCGCUCAUGUGUUUGGAGUGAAUGGUGCUUCUAAAUAUGUGUUACUAUGCUUUCCAAGCUACUCAGGAAUCAUGAUAGAUAAACCCUUUUGUAUAACAUUCCUAGAUCUUGCUGGGAUUUAAUUUGCAUCGAUUCUGCUAUCUGAGAGAGACCCUGCAUGAUUUUUUUCUUUUUUGUUGUAUCAGCUAACAUCUUCGAAGAAAAUUGGUGCUCCUAUUUUAAAGAAUUGCUUAUUUGAAAACUUUUACCAUGGUCA